GAAAUUUACCUUCCCUGCAAUUGUAUCAAAACAAUGUGAGCACCGUGAGCACAGCUGAGUUUUCUCUUGAUUUUUCACAUUUUCUUCUUGAAUACCCCAUGGGAAAGUUACUCUUACAUUUAUAAAAUGUCUAGGACUCCUGUGAAACACAAUAUCUCCUUGGAUUCUCUCAAUCUCUCCUUUAAAUCUCCAAGAUCACCUGCUCAAGAAAUUUCCCCCUUGACAAAACGACUUCUGGUGAUACUUCAGCAAUUAUCCACCAAUUACACUUCCUGGCAGACUCUCCACAGGAAAGGAAUCACCAUUUGCAGACUAAUUGAAACAACAAAAUGCAAAGCACUUGAGAAACAAACGCAAUUCCCGGAUGAAUUGGAGCCCCUCUGCAGACAAUUAGACUCCACUGUAAAUUCCCUUCAGGAAAUUCUCAGUAACACCCAUGAGAUCGCUAAGCAAAUCUCAGCACUCUCCAAAUUAGACAAGGAAAAUCCUUCAGUCCUUAAAAGCUGGGAUAGUAAAAAAUCCCAUGAGUUCCUUCAGGAAGUUCUGAAAGCCUUUGCGGAGGAACUGAAGAUCAAAAAUCUCGUCAAAGAAAACAUCGCAUUUUGCCUGAGUCAUGCGGAAUUAAUUCACAUGUCCUGCGUCUGGGAAUAUCAAUUCUACAUGGGCAGGGAUAUUUCAAUGGGAUUCUCAGCACUUAGCAGCGAAUUGGGGAUAGUUAAGUCUAUUGGAAAGAGUCAUGGCUUUAGCAUGCGACCUAAUUCUGAUACGCUGCCGCCACACGCUAUGAUGACUUUUCGGGAAAGAUCUGAGCUGCGUGAAAGAUUGACAUUUUCUUCCGAACUGGUUGAAAAAGAGCUUUUGAAGAUCGGAAGUAAUCAAAUUGAAUUGGAUUUUACAGACAGGACACUUGAUAUAGCAAGAUUUUUCGCAUUUAACGCAUUUCGGACUGAAAAUCGGGUGAACCCCAUCCAUUUGAAUGAUAUCUUUUUCAUGGAUUUAGACCUUCGAGCAUGCAGUCCGGGUAUUCCUUGGCAACCCGAUUACUCAACUCGUGGAGAAGUUAUGGACUGUCCAGUCGCACGUAAGUCAAUACGUUGGUUCUGGCAUAGAAUUAAAACGGGAGAAAAUUUAAGUUUACCAGAUACUAAAGUGUUUUUCGGCGUCCACCCGGUUAAUCAGCAUGGUAAACUCGGUAAAUCCAUUAGAGCUAUGUACGAUUAUCCAACCACCGUCACACUUGCAGAGGCUCAGUUUGCCGUUCCCUUAGCAGAGGAAUUCAAGAAAGGGAAGACCCCAUUAGCUUACGGAUAUGACAUGGCUUCGAUUGGAGCGGAUAAGCUACGCAAUGAGUUUUUCAAAUACAAGACAUUUGUAUACUGUGACUUCGAGGAUUUUGAAAAAACUGUGUCGGUGCAGCUAAUAAGGAUGGCUUUCGAUAUUCUAUUACAAAAUAUUGAUUUCAAAAGAUACCAACAUCAAGGAAUCCCAAACGCCUCUGUGCUCUACAAUCACAUAUGGGUGAGGUUGAUUGAUUACUUUAUAAAUACCAAUAUCCGCCUCUGCGAUGGCCGAAGAUAUAAGAAGAAUGCAGGAAUUCCAAAUGGAUCACUUUUCACGGAUAUGAUUGUUUCAAUUGUGAAAUAUUUUGUUCUCACUUACGCCUUUUUGAAGGCAAAAAAGAGGCCGCCAGCUUAUAUUAAAGUCUUCGGUGACGAUUCCGUCCUUGCGGAUGAUGACGGUAUACAUAUCUGCACCAUCGCGGAACAUGCAUAUUCACUUGGAAUAAUUGUGAAUUUGGAAAAAUCCUUCAUGACCAAGAAUGUAGAUGAAGUUGAUUUUUUUGGUUCCUAAUAGGGAAUGGUUUUUGUCUUCAAAGAACGAUGGAGUGGCUCGAAGCGUUGUAGCACUCAAAACACCCAAAUCGUGACUGUGCGGAUAAAGGGCGAAAAACGUAUCGAGAUAAUAAUCAACUUAUGGGGACACCGAAAACCAAAAUACGAUAUUGCUUACCGUUUGACGUCUAGCCCGAUGACAAAUUUUGGAUAAUAAAAAUAACAUAAUAAAGAAAUAUAAACCAA